GCCCGCACUCGCCGGCCCGCCCGCCUGCCGCAGCCCGCAGCCUGCUGCCGCCGCCGCCGCCGCAGCCACCGCCGCCGCCGCCGCCGCCACCGCCUGCUUGUCUCUCAGACUGUCAGAUAAAGCGGCGGGCCGGGCCGGCUGGGCGGUGAGCACGGCCCCGGCCGGACAUGGCGGCGCUCUACGCCUGCACCAAGUGCCACCAGCGCUUCCCCUUCGAGGCGCUGUCUCAGGGGCAGCAGCUGUGCAAGGAAUGUCGGAUUGCACACCCUGUUGUGAAGUGCACCUACUGUAGAACGGAGUACCAGCAGGAGAGUAAAACCAAUACAAUAUGCAAGAAAUGUGCUCAGAAUGUGCAGUUAUAUGGAACAGUAAGUAGGGUUUCUCUGUACCUAACACCCAAACCUUGUCAGUACUGCAACAUAAUUGCAGCAUUUAUCGGCAACAAGUGCCAGCGCUGCACGAACUCGGAGAAGAAGUACGGGCCGCCAUAUUCGUGCGAGCAGUGUAAGCAGCAGUGUGCAUUUGACAGGAAAGAUGACAGAAAGAAGGUAGAUGGGAAAUUGCUGUGCUGGCUGUGCACACUUUCGUACAAACGGGUCCUUCAAAAGACCAAAGAGCAGAGGAAACAUCUGAGCAUCUCUUCCCGUGCCAGCCACCAGGAGAAGGAACAGUAUAGUCGACUGAGUGGUGGCAGCCAUUAUAACAGCCAGAAAACACUUUCUACAUCUUCAAUUCAAAAUGAAAUCCCAAAGAAAAAAUCCAAGUUUGAGUCAAUCACAACCAAUGGAGACAGCUUUUCCCCAGACCUGGCUCUGGACUCACCGGGCACUGACCACUUUGUCAUCAUUGCCCAACUGAAGGAAGAAGUGGCCACUCUGAAGAAGAUGCUGCAUCAGAAAGAUCAAAUGAUUUUAGAGAAAGAGAAGAAGAUCACAGAGUUGAAGGCUGAUUUUCAAUACCAAGAAUCUCAGAUGAGAGCCAAAAUGAACCAGAUGGAGAAAACCCACAAAGAAGUCACAGAGCAAUUGCAGGCCAAAAACCGAGAGCUCCUGAAGCAGGCAGCUGCCUUGUCCAAGAGCAAGAAGUCGGAGAAAUCAGGAGCUAUAACCUCUCCAUGAGAGACCAUAAGGAGGCUCCCAGUCAACAGCACAGGGGUUCCUGGGUUAGGAUUGGUGACCUGGCUGUUCUCUGGGAAUUGCAAGCUUUCUUAAGAAAUCUCUAUUUUAUUAUAGUUAUCCUUCUUUGUGGGAUCGCAGUGGGCUGAAUGGAAACACCUGGUUUGUGCUGUGUCAUGACUGCAUGCUUGGAUGUUUGGGGUUCCAAGCUCUUUGUCUCAUACUUUCACUCUUUCCCUCCCUUCUCCCUCCCCCCCCCCACUACUCUCUGUCUCUCCCUUUUGGUACUAUUCUUUGUGUGUGUGUGGUGGUCACUGCUCAGUGUUAUGUGCAGAAUGAUUUUUGUUUGUUUGUUUGUUUUGUCCAUCAUUGCAUCCUGCCAUACCCAUGAGCAAAUUGUUUGGCAUUAAUCACAUAUCACUGCCACCCUCUGAACUUUGAAAACUGCCACCUUAAGACUUGGUACAAUGGAAGAGGCUUUCUCUCUCCAAUAAACCUUUUGCUUCAGGGUAUACUCUUGGGUUUUUUUCCAGGUAUAUUAUGUAUGAACUUUGUACUAUGUAUAGCCAGAGUUUUAUUUAUUUUUUAAAAAAAGAAACUUUUUCUUGAUAAAGGAAUAAUGGUAGCCUAGCUUGUUCUUCUUGUAAAAGUGAUGCCUCUUAAAAAAAAAAAAAGUUCUACUCUCUACCUUUUAGUAAAGGAAUAAGACCUUUUCUUGUUACCUUGGAGUCUUAAAAACUGAUUGCUGAGGUGAAACAAUUCAAUGCAUCAGUAUGGAGUUAAGUGCCUUUUGGAGGAUUUCUUGGAAGAGCAUUUAAGAAGAAGCUACUUAAGGGAGGUAGCAAAGAUUUGAACAGUCUGUCUUUUUAAGUAAGGGCAGAAAGAAAGGUUGUCCAGGUUUUACUGGACAUUUCCCUCCCCUACCCCUUUCUUGAUUGUUUUAUGUGACUGAUUUUAAAUUCUCACACUGCCACUUCUUUUUUUUUUUUUUUUU